UGCCCAGCGCUGCGGCUGUCAGCUCUCUGCCAAUUUACCUGUCGUCCCCCCACCCAUUCUCAGCUUCUCUCGCCCCUCUCUGACUGAUGAACUCCAUGAAUGCCCGUUUCAAGAACCUGGUUGGUUCGAAACGCAAGAGUUCUUCCCAGCAGCCCACCCAGAGCACGCCCGGCGGCACCACCCCCACAGGCUCGAACCGACCGACGUCGCUGUCGCCGCAGGCCAGCAACUCGAGCAGCUCGUCGCUCCCCAUGAACCCACAGAACAACCUGGGGCGCCCGCCCUCGUACACCUUUGCGCCGCAGCAGGGCGGCCUCGCACCGCAGCAGCAGCACGGCCGCCCGACCAGCCCCCUCCCGCCCAUCAACACGGGCGCGCCUGGCUACCCAACACACCCUCAGCAGCCCGUAGGCUACCCUCCACAGGGCGGUCCGCCAGGAUAUCCGCCGCAGCCGCAGCCUGGGCAGUACGGCGCGGGCUAUGGCGCUCCUCCGCCGCCUGCUGCCCACGGCCCGGGCCCGGUGCAGCAGUACCGCCCGCCAGGCAUGGCAGAGGUCGCCGGUGAGGGACGCUCCAAGGCCCAGCUCAUCGUGGGCAUUGACUUUGGCACGACCUUCUCAGGUGUCGCAUUCGCUUUCGCAACCAACACCGAGGCCAAAGAGGACAUCAUCACUGAGUGGCCCGGCGCUGGCAACCAGACCAAGCAGAAGAUCCCCACUGUGCUCUACUACGACCAGUACCAGAAGGUCGUAGGCUGGGGCCCGGACAUCGCCGAUGCACUCGCACCCACAGGUUACCCCAAGCCUGGCGUGCAGAAAGUCGAGUGGUUCAAGCUGCAGCUCAUGCUGUCCGGCAACACAUACAUCGACCCCAUCAACCUGCCUCCUCUACCCCCGGGCAAGUCUGAGAUUGAUGUGGCCGCCGACUACCUCUUCCACCUGCGACAGGCGAUGCGGAACCAGCUGCAGAAGACACUGGGCGAGGUCUUCAACCGUGAGGAGCGCAACAUUCGUUACUACCUGACGGUCCCUGCUAUCUGGAACGAUGCUGGAAAGGCCGCAACGCGUGCUGCCGCUAUUCAGGCUGGUUUCCUGCGCGACGAGAACGACAACAGGCUGACACUCAUCACCGAGCCCGAAGCCGCCGCCAUGUUCUGUUCGAAGACGGGUCUGCUCAACCUCAAGAUGCACGAUGCGGUGUUGAUCGUCGAUUGCGGUGGUGGCACCGUCGAUUUGAUCGCGUACGAGGUCGAAGAGGAGCAGCCGUUCUCUGUGGCCGAGUGCACAGCUGGAUCUGGUGACUCCUGCGGUUCUACAGCGCUCAACCGCAACUUCAGCAACAUCCUGCGGGCGAAGAUUCGAAAGAUGAAAUUGCCUGACGGUUCAAAGACAGCAGGCAAGGUCUACGCCAAGUGCAUCAUGGACUUUGAGAACAGAAUAAAGGCCGAUUUCCGGAACAACGGCCAGAAGUGGGCGGUCGAUGUCGGCAUCGAGGCUGAGUUCCCCGAGGCCGGUAUCGAAGAAGGUUACAUGACAUUCACCAACGAGGAGAUCCUGCAGUGCUUCGAGCCUGUCGUCAACCGCAUCCUGGAGCUCGUGAGGAAUCAGAUCAUCGCCAUUCAGGCACAAAAUAGGGCAUUACAGAACGUGCUAGUCGUUGGUGGUUUCGGCGCUUCCGAGUACCUCUUCCAGCAGAUCAAGCUCCACGUACCACCUCAGUUCCAGUCCAAGGUCGUCCGUCCCAUGGAUUCCGUCGCCGCCAUCGUCAAGGGUGCCGUCACCGCUGGUAUUACAGAACGAAUCGUCACACACCGCGUCGCUCGUCGUCAUUACCUCAUGGCUACACUGCAGCCUUUCAAAGAGGGCCACCACCCUGAGCAAUACCGUGUGCCGUCUCUCGAUGGCAAAGACCGAUGCAAGUACACACGACAGAUCUUUGUGCAGAAGGGUCAACGAGUCAAGAUCGGCGAGCCUGUGAAGGUUUCAUUCUUCAGACAAGUAGCACCCGGAGCAACCCUCAUGUACGAAGAUAUAUUGUACGCCUGCGACGACGACGUCUGCCCAGAGUACACAAAGGACCCUCGCAUAAAGGAAGUUGUCACCCUCACCUCAGACCUCUCGCGGAAGAACCUCGAAAAGGACUUCGAGCGCAUGGACACCCCACAAGGCACCUUCUACCGCGUCUACUUCGACAUCUACCUCACGCUCGACGGCUCCGAGUUCAACGCCGAGCUUGUCUGCCAGGGCGAGGUCAUGGGUCGCUGCACUUCGCGGUUCAGAUAGUCACAGCACCGAG